CAGACACGAGCAGUGAACAGCUUCCUUCACAGGCACAGGCGCAGAUUGACUGACUGGCUGGAGCAGUAGCGGAUUGCUGUAGUUAACGGACACUCUGCACAAUGCGUGAAUACAAGUUAGUAGUCCUUGGAUCAGGAGGUGUCGGCAAGUCUGCGCUGACUGUUCAGUUUGUCCAAGGCAUCUUUGUGGAAAAGUACGACCCCACAAUAGAAGAUUCAUACAGAAAGCAAGUGGAGGUGGAUGGACAACAGUGUAUGUUGGAAAUUCUUGAUACAGCCGGAACGGAACAAUUCACAGCCAUGAGGGACCUGUACAUGAAGAAUGGCCAGGGAUUUGCACUUGUAUAUUCCAUAACAGCACAAUCCACCUUCAACGACCUGCAGGACUUGAGAGAACAGAUUCUGCGGGUCAAAGACACAGAUGACGUGCCGAUGAUCCUGGUGGGUAAUAAGUGUGACCUGGAAGAUGAGAGGGUGGUCGGUAAAGAACAGGGCCAGAAUCUCGCCCGUCAGUGGAACAGCUGCGCUUUCCUGGAGUCUUCUGCAAAGUCCAAGAUUAACGUCAAUGAGAUCUUCUAUGACCUGGUCCGGCAAAUCAACAGGAAAACCCCAGUACCUGGAAAGGCACGCAAAAAGUCCACCUGCCAGCUGCUCUAAUACACAGCUGUUCUUUUGUUCUGAGCCAGGUCUGAUUUACUGCUGUGUCUUUCAGCAGUGCCAGCAUUCCGACGUUACUAAAACUUUACAUCGAAUGGACUUUCCUGUGUGAUGAUGCCCCUUUAACAAACCAACCCACCAACAACCAACCAAUGGAUUUAAGGCUACAGUACCAUGUCAGUUGUUUGCACAUAGCUAGCCAUCAUCACUUUCCAAUGUCACGAGAAAGAGAUUUUUACAUAUAAUUAUAUAAAUAUAUAUUCUAACUGUAUACAAAUUAAAUGAGUAAAUGAAUAAAGAGCUAGACAAAAAAUACAAAAUACAGAGCCUACACGCAGUGUUAUCGCUAACGGAGACAGCCACCGUUGUAAAUGUAAGGAGGGAAUGUCUGACCAGGCUGUGCACGUUGCCAUGGCAAUUACAAUGAUAUUUAUAAGCACCACUAUUUUAGCCAGAGAGGAGAGGAAGUCCAAAGAGCUCCUAUAUAAAUCGUUCAUACAGAUAACUUUCACUCCUUGGUUUCUUUUGCAUUAUUUUUGAUGAUUUAGUUUUUUGUUUGCUUUUAUUCAAAACAUGAUUUCUUUCUCUCCUGCCUUUUUCUCUUUUAUAAUUACUAGAAUUUUGCUCCAUGGAGAUGUUAUAUUCGCAACAGCUAUCGAUAUGAGUUGUACUUUAGGGGUGAAAAUACCUGUGGAUACAGUGAUGUAUAUGUAAAAAGUUAAAAAAUAUAAUUUUUCUGUCACUAUCAUAUUGUCCUUAGUCUCAGAUGUUGCCUUCAAAUAUGUGUUGAGUCUCUUUUGCUUUAUUUCCCCUGGAGAAAAGAAAAUUGUAAUCUAAAAGUCAUUUCCAUGAUCUUAGGUCCAUCUUUUAGGCCAUUUCAAGUUUCUUUGUUUUGUUUACAAAGAGGUUUGUACAGCAGGCUUUUUCAAACAGGGGGGUUGAUAAUUUAGUUUUAGACUUCACCAAUGUGAGACCCAGAAGCUCUUCAUUUGGCUGGUCUUACAUAAAUAAAUACAUAGUUAAAUCCCUCUUCACCAAGCUGAUCCCGAUUAAAUAAAGUUUCUAUUUUAAAGAAUUGGGUUUUUUAAUACAUGAUUAAAAAAAGAACAAACUGUCAUCAGUGAUGCUCUCCCUUUGCUUGCUGAUGCAUCUGGUGUAAACUGCGGAUAUGAAAAACAAAUAUUGGAUCCUGUCAGUAAAGAAUGAGGAUGAAAUGUCUGUUAGUGACUGUUUGAACUUUGUAAUAAUUUGACCUGUUUUCUGUCUUUGUUACUGUUGGGAUUAACUGAAUAUGGGGGUCUGGGAACUUUGUGUUAAAGCAAGAAAAAACAGGAAGAAUUGAUCUAAAAAAUAAAAAUAAGUGUGCAUCAAGUGCAAUCAUAGAGGGGUAUUCAUAAAGCUUACAAAUGAAUUGAACGUACUCUGUAAAGCGGUUGUGCGUGAGUACCCGGUGAGCAUUAGCUCGAUCAUCAAAGGGAUUGUUCACCGAAACUGAAAAUUCGGUCAACGUUUUUGGUCAACCUUCAUGUUCUUGAAAACCCGUAUCAUCAUCAUCGUCAUCUUUCCAAGGUUUGGAUGACGUGAUGGUGCAUAAAUGAUGAAAUUGUUUUCAUUUUGGGGUGAACUGUCCCUUUAAACACCGUAACGAACUCUUUACUGGGUACAGCAUGCAGUAUGAACUCAAAAUGAAAUCUUUAUGGAUGCUUUGAGGAUUUGCACUGUGUGAAGUGAAGAACACAAUUCCUAGGGAGUGUCCAUAGAGGAUGUGGAUAUAGGUAAACAUUACAAGUUGUGUGUUGUUCUGAUUACUGCAAGCAAAUGCCUUGUUGCUCUUAGAAUUAAAAAAGGAAAUAAAUGGAGAUAAACCUACUUGAUACGAGGACCUCGGACCUGAGACAGAGGCACAGUAUUUCAAAUGCAACAUUGUAUGCUUCUGAUGGGUGGGUGGCCAAAUGUCAACUUAAACGCCUUAAUUAAAGUGGUGCAAUUUUGUAUAACCAAGCAUCUGUAGUUUAAUAAAUUGGAUUGCCAUGCAAGGGCUCUCAUGAA